AUGGGCGGUACAAAAUCACAUAAAAUACCAUUUUGGGAAUUAGCCAACGGUCUUAUAAAAAGAGGUCAUCAGAUAACUUUCGUUAAUGGUUUCAAGCCAGAUUUUCAUAUAAAAGGUUUAAGAGAGGUGACACCUAAACGUUUGGUAAACUACAUAAAAACAUUCACUGAUUGGGAUUUAGUAGGAGGUCGUUUGGCUAACAAGGCGCCUAUACCAAUUUGGCAGGCUUUACAUUAUCCAGCUGAGUCAUGCAACAGUUUGUUGGAAACUGAUGCUGAAACCGGUGUUGCCGUAACUGAUGAAUUAUUGACACAGAAAUUCCAUUUAGCCAUUGUUGAUGGCGCAUUUCCGGAGUGUGCACUUGGUAUCGUACAUCGUUUAAGUCUGCCAUUCAUGUUUAUCAAUACGGUCGGUUUCUAUACAGGAAGUCUAGCAAUUGCCGGAAAUCCAAUUGCGUAUGCUGUGACGCCUCAUGUAUUUACAGCAUUAACACAAACAAUGCAUCUUUUGCAACGUGUACAAAAUUAUGUAACACAUAUAUUGGCCGAUUUAUUACACAUGUAUUACACAAAUCAAGUACAUGAUGUACUUAUCGCACACCUUGGCUCCAGUGUGCCACAUCCCUUUACAAUGGCACGUAAUGUAUCAUUUAUUUUACAAAAUGGUCAUGCCAUUGUCACAAAUCCACGACCGUAUUAUCCGAAUGUAGCCGAAAUAGCAUGUAUACAUUGUCGACCAGCCGUUAAAUUGUCACAUGAACUGGAAGAGUUUGUAGAAAGAGCACCAGCGGGUGUAAUAUUUUUCUCAAUGGGUUCAUCAGUGAAACCGGCAAAUAUGCCCGAAAAAUUUCGUAAGUUGUUGGUAAAAGUAUUUGCACGUCUGCCGCAAUAUCACAUACUGUGGAAAUGGGAUGAGAAUUUUAUGACAGAUAUACCAAAGAACAUAUAUUUGAGUGGCUGGUUGCCACAACAGGACAUAUUAGGCCAACGGAAGUUGAAAGCUUUCAUUACACAUGGCGGUUUGUUGAGCAUGUACGAGGCCAUUUAUCAUGGAGUACCAAUGGUAAUGUUGCCAAUAUUUUGUGAUCACGAUGUAAAUGCAGCCAAAGCUGAACAAGAUGGUUAUGCGAUACGUUUAUCGCUUGAAAUCAUAACCGCAGAUAAACUAUAUCAUGCCAUAUUAGCAAUUAUAAACAAUGAUAAAUAUAAAAGAGAAAUUAACGCAAAAAGACAAUUACUGUUGGAUCAUAUGAACACACCACUGGAUACGGCCGUAUUUUGGACGGAAUAUGUGUUGAGGCAUCAAGAUAUAACGCACUUGCAAUCACCAGUACGAUAUAUGAGUUUUUUCAUAUACUAUUCUCUGGAUGUCAUUGUGUGCUUUGUAAUAUUUGUAGCCAGCAUAUUCACAAUUUUGAAAAAAAUCGUUAAUUAUGCUUCUGCUACUAAUCGGAAAAUUCCUCGAAAUCCACAAGUGAAAUUCUUAAAGCAAUAUUAA